AUGAGCAACUACAACAACACUGUGGUGACAGAGUUCGUCCUUCUGGGUUUCCCAGAGCUGUGCCACCUACAAGGGCUGCUAUUUGGGUUAUUCCUAAUCAUCUAUGUGGUGACCGUGCUGGAGAAUUUGGUCAUCGUGGGCACUAUCGGCACUAGCCGGCAGCUACACACUCCCAUGUACUUCUUCCUGGUCAAUCUGUCUGUGCUGGAGACCCUCUACACCACGGUCACAGUGCCCAAGCUGCUUGCUGGCCUCCUCGCGGGGAGGGCCAAAACCAUCUCCUUGUCAGGGUGCCUCACUCAGCUGUUCCUCUUCCUUUCCCUGGGCUCCUCUGAGUGCUUCUUACUGACGACCAUGGCCUGUGACCGGUACCUGGCCAUCUGCCGCCCCCUGCACUACCCAGCCAUCAUGGAUUCAAAGCUAUGCCUGCAUCUGGCUCUCAGUGCCUGGCUUGGGGGCUUUUUAGCCUCCUUCGUGUCCACAGCUCUCAUCUCCCGCCUCAGGUUCUGUGGCUCCAAUGCCCUUAACCACUUCUUUUGUGAUGUGUCACCCCUCUUGCAACUUGCCUGCUCAGACACCUCUGCCAUCGAAACGCUGGACUUUGUGGCCGCUCUGGCGGUGCUUGCCAGCUCUCUGAUCGUGACCACGGUCUCCUACGCCCACAUCCUUGCCACUGUCUUGAGGAUCCCAGGAGGGGCCGGCCGCAGGAAGGCCUUCUCCACCUGUGCCUCCCAUCUGGUGGUGGUCUUAAUCUUCUACACCACCACCACCUUCAUGUAUGCCCGGCCUCAUGCCAUAAGCUCCUUCGACCUCAACAAGCUGGUGUCUGUGAUUUACUCAGUUGUGACUCCCCUGCUGAACCCUAUAAUCUACUGCCUGAGAAACCGUGACAUCAGGGAGGCGCUCACCAAGCUCCUCCAGUCUCUCAGGUUCCCCUGA